GUCGCGCAGCCCGCCCUGCCAGAGCGCGCAGCGCGCGCGACGCGCGCAUGCGCGCGCGGGGCCGGCAAUGAUAUUCAAUGCAGACUACGCCGACACAUACUACUAUCACGCCUUCCCGCGAGCGAGGCAGCGCCGCUCGACGCAGGCCACGUCCAUCCGUACCCCUGCUGCACGCUGAGGCCAAGGCGGCGCUGCUGUGCCACCUCCUCGGCGUGCUCACCGCGCCGCCGGGCGCGGCCGCCUCGCGCCUGCGCGCGCCGGGGCCGCUCCGGAGCGGCGCCUGGCGGCCGACGGGGGUGGAGCCGCAGGCCCCGGCGGCCUCGCCGCGGGCGGCCGUGGCGCUGCGCUUCGAGCGCUGCGACUUCGCCGCGCUGGCCACUGACCCGCCCCUGCUGGGCGGCCUCGAGCGCGCCGUGCGCGGCGCCGUGGUCGCCGAGCUUCCCGGAGUAGCGCCCGGCAACGUGCGCGUGCAGUUCCUGCCGCUGGCCGCGGGGGCGCCCCUGGCGGGCGGCGUGGUCGCCCGCGUGGAGGUCCUGCCCGCGCUGCCCGAGGAUGCCCUGGCGCCGCCGGGGGCCCCCGCGCCGCCGGCGGCCGCGGCCUCGGCGGCGGCGGUCCAGCUCCAGGC